UUUCAGUGUGUAGUGCUUAUAAUUACAUUAAUUUGUGUUAUAGUGAAUAUAGGAUUGCAGUGUUGUGUAUUAUAAGUAAUAAUUCGUGUACUGUGUCACAUAUUGUUGGUUGGAAGCGUCUUGCGUUUUUCUGUAUAUAAAACGAGAAUUGAUUAUGUUUGUGAACGAAAUUGUGUUGUGUUGAAAAGAUUUUGGAGGUGUGAGUGACAAUGUGCGUGCGGUGAGAACGACGGCGGCGCCAUGUUGCGCGUCAUAGCUUGCGUGUUGCUCGCGGCGGCGGCCGGCGAGCACGUGCGAGAGUUCAGCGUGAGGGAAAACCUCGCGGCAGGCUCCCUCGUCGCACAUCUAGGCGACGAACUACCGGACGCAGCACCGCCGUACACUAUAGUCCCCGUUCCGGGCAGCGCCGUCAAUGACGACCUCAAAAUUGACCCGCACACAGGAGAAAUAAGAACCAGAAUACCUCUAGACAGAGAAAAUAGAGAUCAUUACGCGUUAGUCGCUAUUCCCGCGAGUGGCGACAAUAUCAGAGUAGUGGUUAGAGUCACCGACGAGAAUGAUAACGCUCCCGUGUUCCCCACUCCGGUCAUGAAUGUUGAAUUCUCGGAAAAUACCCCAAGGGAUGUAAAGAGGAAACUCAAUCCUGCCAAAGAUCAGGAUUUAGGUAUUUUUAAUACUCAAAAGUAUAAUAUUGUGUCUGGGAACACUGAUAAUGCUUUUAGGUUAUCAUCACAUAGAGAGAGAGAUGGGGUGUUGUAUCUUGAUCUACAAAUCAAUGGAUUCCUUGAUAAGGAAACGACUGAUCAUUACGAGUUAGUCAUAGAAGCGUUAGACGGUGGUACUCCUCCGUUAAGGGGUACCAUGACUGUAAAUAUUACUAUUUUAGAUGUAAAUGAUAACCCACCGAUAUUUGCUGAGAGUGCGUAUUCCGCGACAAUCCCAGAAAAUGCGACAGUAGGGACUACAGUACUGAAAGUAUUCGCUACUGAUGCUGACGCAGGAGAGAACGGUCUGAUAGAGUAUUCUAUAAAUAGACGGCAAAGCGAUAAAGAGAAGAUGUUCAAAAUUGAUCCAGAUACUGGAGAAAUAACUGUGAAUAAAGCUUUAGACUUCGAAACGAAGGAACUUCAUGAAUUAGUUGUCGUUGCCAGAGAUAAAGGUGCACAGCCUUUAGAAACGACAGCUUUCGUCUCAAUAAGAGUCACUGAUGUCAACGAUAACCAACCUACCAUAGACGUAAUAUUCUUAAGCGACGAUGCCACUCCUAAGAUAUCAGAAUCGGCUCAGCUAGACGAAUUCGUAGCCAGAAUAUCAGUUCACGAUCCAGAUUCUAAAACAGAAUACGCGAAUGUCAAUGUAACAUUGAGCGGAGGCGACGGGCAUUUCGAUUUGCGGACGCACGAUAACAUCAUUUACUUGGUAGUUGUCGCGUUACCUUUAGAUCGCGAAGCUAGAUCCUCGUAUACCCUGAACGUGGUGGCGACCGAUAAGGGUUCUCCGCCAUUGCACGCGUCGCGGAUCAUCAGUCUUCGGGUGACUGACGUGAACGAUAACACUCCGGUUUUCGCUGAAUCGGAAUACAAAGCGAGCGUUCAAGAAGCCGCGUUGCCUGGAACUCCAGUAGUUCAAGUAUCGGCUAGUGAUGCGGAUGAGGCUGAGAAUUCCGAGAUACGUUAUAGCCUGUUGCCGACUCCGCAAUCUGAUUGGUUUACGAUUGACGAGCGUUCUGGCCUGGUGACGACUCGGGCUAGAGUUGAUUGUGAGACGAAUCCGAUGCCGCGUUUGACGGUGGUGGCUAGGGACCGCGGCAGUCCUCCGCUCUCGUCUACUGCCACGUUGGUGGUGACAGUGCUUGACGUGAACGACAACGAGCCGAUCUUCGACCAGUCCUUCUACAAUGUCACCGUGUCGGAGAACGAAGCCGUCGGCAGCUGCAUUUUAAAGAUGUCGGCUAUCGACCCUGACUGCGGUGUCAACGCUAUCGUCAACUACACCCUGGGUGAUGCCACUCGCCAGUUCGCAGUCAAACCUGACUCUGGCGACCUUUGCAUCUCCGAACCUUUGGACUACGAGACCAAUAAGGAGUAUGAGUUCCCUGUGGUUGCUUCUGAUAGAGGGGGGCUGUCGACGACGGCCGUGGUGAAGAUCCAACUGGUCGAUAUAAAUGACAACGUCCCAACAUUCACUGUUAAAGACUACAACGUUUCUUUGAAAGAGGGACGGGUUUCUUCAACUGAACCUAUUGUUGCUGUGUCAGCGGUCGAUCCAGAUUCGGCAAGAUUCGGAACUGUCACGUAUAGGAUCGUCAGCGGAAAUGACAAUGAUGUGUUCAGAAUUGAUAGAGGCACAGGAGAAAUACUUGUUACUAAACCUUCUUUGAUACUAGCGAAUAGAAAAUUUGAUUUGGAGAUUUCGGCGACUGAUGGGGGAGGGCUGGCUGCUCCACAAACGGCGAUAGUACAUGUGAAUGUGAUGCCGCCGGGACUAGGGAGUGCGCUAUUUGAUAAGCCGAGAUAUAACUUUCACGUAAAAGAAGACGUCAGAAUUGGGACCAUCAUUGGAAACCUUAAAGCUACUGUAGGAGAUAGAGGUAAACCAGUACGCUACAGCAUCGUCUCCGGGGACCCUGGACAUCACUUCUCCAUAGAACCAGCGACCGGCGUCAUCAGGACCGCUGGCCAGCUGGACAGGGAAGCUGCACCCUCUUACUUGUUGAACGUGAAGGCGGCUGAUGGAAACCCGUCUGGGUUUGAUCAGACACAGGUUCAAAUAACUCUUGAAGAUGUGAACGACAACGCACCAGAAUUCGGCACGUCUUCAGUCCGGGUGUCCGUGGCAGAGUCAGCGGCUAUUGGUUCCGUGGUGUACGCCGCCAGGGCAACAGAUGAAGACUUCGGGAGGAAUGGACAGAUAUCCUACAAUCUGGUGUCGGCUACUGGACCGCCGAACACUUUUGCUGUGAAUAGUCAGCUAGGAUUGGUCACUUUGUUAAGGUCCUUGGAUUACGAAAACCUCGUCCGCCACACACUAGUGAUAUCAGCAAAAGAUGGCGGAUCUCCAUCCCUUUCUGCAAACCUUACGUUAUCUGUGGAUGUACAGGAUGUCAAUGACAAUCCUCCGAUUUUUGAACAUGAUUCCUAUACAGCUAACGUUUUGGAGUCUGAAGCUCUGAAUACUAAGAUCCUCGAAAUCCAGGCCAUCGAUAAGGACACAGGAAACAAUGCUCGUAUAACAUACCGCAUGGCAUCAGAUAACAGCACGAACAAUGAAGAAUACUUCAAUGUACAACCAACGACUGGCUGGGUGUAUUUAGUGAAACCUCUUGACAGAGAAACAGCAGCGAAACAUAAAAUAAGCAUUAUAGCUAGCGACAACGGUAUCCCACCCUUGUUUGCUAAAGCCAAUCUUAUAGUUAACGUUAUAGAUGCAAACGACAACGAGCCAGUGUUUUCGAAGGCAGCAUACGAAUUUAAAGUCGAAGAGAAUUUGAAGCCAGGAGCGUUUGUUGGGAAGAUAUCGGCGACAGACGAGGAUUUGGGUGAUAAUGCCGUGGUACGGUACAGUUUGUUCCCGUCGAACACUAGUUUCGUCAUCAACUCCAUUUCAGGUAUCAUAACAACAAGGGAGAUGCUAGACCGUGAAUAUAAAUCUUCUUAUUCAUUAUUCGCCGAAGCUAAAGAUCAAGGGAAUCUACCGAAAUCUAGUCGAGUACCAGUGGCGAUUAAAAUAACGGAUGUUAACGAUAAUUCACCAGAAAUAAUCGAUCCAAGGGAAGAUGUUGUUAGUGUAAGAGAAGAACAGCAGCCAGGUGCUGAAGUGGCGAGAGUCAAAGCAAUAGAUAGAGAUAAUGGCGUCAACUCCACUGUGACGUAUUCAAUUCUGAAUGACAGAGACACAGAUGGAUUCGGUGUAUUUGUUAUGGAUUCUAAAUCUGGAGUUAUACGAACUAGUACAGUUCUUGAUCACGAUGAAAAAUCGAUUUACUGUUUGACUGUUGUCGCUACUGAUGGAGGAAACCCACCAAGACAAACAGUAAGGCAGCUAAAAGUUGAAGUUUUAGACUUGAAUGAUAAUAGACCUACAUUUACCAGCUCGAGUUUAACGUUUAAAGUUAAAGAAGAUGCAAAAAUUGGGCAUGUUGUUGGUACUGUUGCAUGUUGUGAUAGUGACAUCCAGAAUAAUCUUAUAAAUGGAGAAGAGAAACAAAUAUCGUAUCUCCUAAUGCCGUUGACGGUAGACCACUCUCCAGGAACUUUUGAAAUAGACAGACGAUCUGGGUCACUGGUUAUUGCAAGACAACUGGACAGAGAAAUCCAAGAUGAAUACAGGCUAGAAGUUAGAGCUUUGGAUACAUCAGCAACUAACAACCCCCAGAGUAGUGCUGUAACAGUAAAAAUAGAAAUUUUGGAUGUCAACGACAAUGCCCCACAAUGGUAUCAAGAUCCUAUCAAUAUAGAAAUAUCAGAAAUUGCACCCAUUGGUAUGAUAGUAUACAAUUUUACAGCUAAGGAUAUGGAUGCUGGCUUGAAUGGAGAAUUAAAUUUCCAUAUCGUAAAAUCUCUUCCUUCGACAAAGGACGUUUUUAGUUUGGAUCCAUUGACCGGAUCUUUGACACUUACCUCAGCGCUUGAUUACGAAACGUUAAAAGAUUAUUUGUUGGUUAUUGAAGCAACGGACUUAGCUGCCAACAUAUCCGAAAGAAUGGUUACAUCUGCUACAGUACACAUAUCCGUAACGGAUGCGAAUGACAACAUUCCCACCUUUGUAUCAGCUAACCAGGUUUCUAUUUCCCUCAACACCUUAUCAGGAACACUUUACCAAGCGUUGGCAGUUGACGCAGAUUCCGGUGACAACGGAAGGAUAUCUUACUAUAUUUCAAGCGGGAACGAUCAUGCAUAUUUUUCUAUGGAAUAUGAUGUUGGGAAAUUGGUAUUAUCCCAAAAGUAUUCCUCAGACUUAGCUCGAGUAAGGCCUGGUACAUACAAGCUCAACUUGACUGCUUCUGAUCAUGGAGUACCAUUCCCGAGGCAAAGUCAUAUGACAUUAACUCUGAACUUGCAAGAGUCUACCAAUGUACCGCCUAGAUUUACAGAAACUUUCUAUAGAGCUAAUAUCAGCGAAGACAUAAGACCUGGAAGCUUUGUAACUAGAGUGGCUGCAAAAUCUUCAAGAGGCAAUAUAGGAAAUCUGACUUACACGAUACCAAUAGGAGUUGCCGAUAACAAGUUUACUAUAGACGAACGUCUCGGCACUGUUACUGUAAAAAGCAGAAUAGACAGAGAAGAAAGGGACCAUUACAAAUUUCCUGUUUACGUAACAGAUUCUAGUACUUUUCAAUCUACGACAAACUUUGAUGUUGCCACAGUUUCGAUUAGUGUUAUGGAUGUAAAUGACAACCCUCCAAGUUUCAAGGCAGGCUCUUGUUACCCUUUAGCCGUUCCUGAAAAUAACGGUCCGGAAAUUAUUCAUACCGUAGCUGCAACCGAUAAAGAUAUAGGUGCGAAUGGAGUUAUUACAUAUAGCAUCACAUCGGGCAAUAAUGGAAAUAAGUUUUCUAUCGACUCUACUACUGGAAAAUUGACUGCAAAAACAUUAGACAGAGAAACACAAUCGAAAUAUCAUUUGACAAUCACUGCUUUUGACCACGGAUCUCCUAUAGCAUUGCAAGGGUCUUGUAAUAUAACCGUUAUUGUAGAGGAUCAAAAUGAUAAUGAUCCUGUAUUCGACACUGGCCAUUAUUCAGCUGCAAUUCCCGAAGAUUCACCGAUUGACACCUCCGUAAUAAAAGUGAGAGCCUCAGACGCUGAUUUGGGAUUCAACAGGCGCAUCGUUUAUUCAUUAGCAAAUGAAAGUCAAGGGCUUUUUAGAAUUGAUAAUAAGACUGGAAUUAUUUUUACCACAGGGCAUUUUGAUCGUGAGAAAACGAACGUUUAUCAUUUCGAGGCUGUCGCUACGGACGAAGGACGGUACAUUGCGCGUUCUCAAAGAGUCUCUGUAGAAGUCACAAUAAAUGAUGUAAACGAUAACAAACCCAUAUUCACAAAGUACCCUUUCAAAGAACAAGUUGCCUCUUUAACACCACCUGGGCAAAGUCUCCUUCGUGUAUCAGCUACUGAUAAUGAUAUUGGCACCAAUGCAGAAAUAUUGUAUGAACUCUUAGAUACGUCUAAUCAUAAAUUCAGAAUAAGUCCUACAACAGGAGUACUAACUGCAAGUCAGAGCUUAGCUAGCGAGAAUGGAAAACUAAUACAUUUAAAAGUAAUAGCAAAAGAUAAAGGGAACCCACCACAGAGUUCAGUAGGACUAAUCGAGAUUCGAGUCGGAGAUUUUUCUGAGCAAACUACUUUGAAUUUCCAAAAUUCAACAUACAAUGUAACAAUUGAAGAAAAUAUGCCUUACGGAAAACAUGUGUUACACGUCACUGCAGUAAGGAGUGAUGGUCGGCGACAGAGAAUCAUUUAUGAAAUCGGCAGCGGAAACGACCAGUAUGCAUUCGAAAUCGACUCUAACACAGGAGUAAUAAGGGUCAAUGAUUCAGCGAACUUGGAUUACGAGUCUUAUCCAGGGCCUAAGCGGCAUCUCGUAGUAGUCGCUCGAACGGAGGGCUCGCCGGUCUUAUACGGUUAUUGUGAUGUAACAAUAAAUCUACUGGACCAAAACGACCACGCUCCCAGAUUUACGCAGCAACAAUAUAUUGCGAAUGUUUUAGAGGGGAACGCUAAAGGCGAAUUUGUCGUUCAACUCGCUGCAAAAGACGGCGACCGAGGCGUAAAUGCGAGAAUUCUAUACCAUAUAGUCGACGGGAACCACGACAACGCAUUCAUUAUCGAACCUGCUUUCUCGGGUUCGGUCAAGACGAACAUAGUGUUGGAUCGCGAGAUAAGAGAGACGUAUAAAUUGACGGUUAUCGCGACCGAUGAAGGGGAUCCUCAAAUGACCGGCACCGCUACUCUACGAAUCAAUGUCGUCGACGUAAACGACAACCAGCCGACAUUCCCACCGCCGAACCUCAUCUCUGUAUCGGAAGGAGCGGAAGUUGGGACUGUACUCACAUCUGUUACCGCAAACGACGUUGACACAUAUCCAGCUCUUAAAUACUCUAUAUCAGAAAAUGAAAAUAGAUUUUCUAUAGAUAGACAUAGCGGUAAGAUAGUGCUGAAUUCGCCUCUGGACUAUGAAACGCACAAUCUUUAUGAAGUAAACAUCACUGCUUCUGAUAGUGAACAUGUAGCGAAUACUACACUUACCAUCAAAGUGACGGAUAUAAAUGAUAAUUUUCCUGUGUUUGAAGAUGUAUCUUACAACAGGAUAUUACCCGAAGGCACCGGCUUAUUGGAAAUCGGCUCCGUUCACGCAAGCGACAUCGACAGCGGUGACAAUGGCAGAAUAUCCUAUUCCUUUCUCCAUCCAACGAAGAGUUACUCCAUCGACGCGGCGUCCGGAUCUAUUUUCGUAAACUACAGUGCAUUACCUGAAAACCAGAGGAAUGUUCAACUGGCCAUAAUCGCUACUGACCACGGGAAACCUAACAGAAGUGCCGUUACGUCUUUAAGGAUCAGCACUGGAGCUACUUCAGAAAUAAAACCUUUCAUCGGACAGGAUACUUACAGGAUAACAGUAAAUGAAGAUACUGAAAAGGGCUCGUCACUCCUUCAAAUUGGUGGCAUUAACGAUGUCCUCAAGAAGUACAACCUGGAUUUCCACAUCAUUAGUGGCAACGAAGCGGACAGUUUUGACGUCAACGCUGAUGGAGCGCUCAUUUUAAUUAACAAACUUGAUAGAGAAACUCAAGAUUCGUACAUUCUUGGCUUAGCAGCUGUAGAACAAGGAAAAGUAAUUUCACACAACCAAAACAAAACAUCUAUCACCGUGUUUGUCACUGUCGCCGAUUCAAAUGACAAUGCUCCUGUAUUCUUAACCAACGACUUAGAAUUAACUGUCAGCGAAGAUGUUAGUAUUGGACAUUCACUGGUUCAACUAUCUGCUACAGACGCUGAUUUGUAUGGAACACCUAACUCGGCUAUUGUUUAUAAUAUCACUUCUGGAGAUGACGAAAGACUAUUUUAUGUACAUCCUAUAAGUGGGUUACUAACAGUUAACAAGACACUUGAUUAUGAUAUUGGUAACACGGUGUAUAAACUCAUAAUCGUAGGUUGCGAUCAAGGAGCUCCAUCAUUAUGUAAUAUAGCAAAUGUAAAAGUUGAUAUUAUUGAUGAAAAUGAUAAUUCACCUACUUUCCCAGUCAACGAAUAUUUUGAAACCAUAGGAGAGAAUGAAAGAGUCGGAACCUCAGUCUUUAUAGCAAGAGCUACUGAUUUAGAUAAAGGGCGAUAUGGGAAACUUAAUUAUUCUAUCGUCUCAGCAUCUACAAAUUACAAUCGACAUGAUGAUUCAUGGAAAAUGUUUCAAAUUGACCCAAUAUCAGGACUGGUUAACACAAAUGUCGUAUUCGAUUACGAACAGAAAAAUAAAUACGAGUUUUCCAUCAAAGCUUCUGAUAUGGGUGGUAGAAGUUCUACUGUAAAGGUCAGAAUAGACAUAGAAAGCCGAGAUGAGUUUUAUCCUCAAUUUACACAAAAGACUUACAAUUUUGGUAUCCCAAAAUCAGGUCCCUUACGAGCAGGAUAUGUAAUUGGACAAGCAACAGCUACCGACAGAGACAAGGGUAUUGAUGGAAGAAUAGUAUACCAGUUGUCAACUUCACACUCAUUCUUCAAAAUCAAUCGAACAACAGGAGUAAUAUUUCUAAAAAAGAAAGUAGAAUCGGUAGCCAAUCUUUUUGGUGCAGAUAAAUCAAUAAGUCUUGUUGUUACUGCUACUUCUGGAAGACCGGGCUCACUUACUAACAAAACUGCAGUUGAAAUAUUACUUGAUCCUUUAGCAGUAAUAUCAGAUAUAAACCAAGUCAAUGAAGCAGCAGCUUCAAAUGGAGGUCUUUCAGACUGGGCACUAGGCUUGCUGAUUGCUUUUAUAUUCAUCAUAAUUAUAUUUGCAGCAGCAUUCUUGUUCUUACAUAUGAAAAAUAAACGACACAAGAAAGUUAAUAAACCAGGUUUAAAUUCCGAAGGAGUUGGUGCUACUAACAGUUAUGUGGAUCCAAGUGCCUUUGAUACCAUUCCAAUAAGGAACACAGGGCCUGGGAAUCAGUUUGCUCCUCCAAAAUACGAUGAGAUUCCUCCAUACGGACCACAUACAGCAAGUUCCAAUUCUGGAGCUGCUACUACUUCAGAACUAUCAGGUUCAGAUCAAUCUGGGUCCAGUGGUCGAGGCUCAGCAGAGGAUGGAGAAGAUGGGGAAGAUGAGGAAAUAAGAAUGAUAAAUGAAGGCCCUCUCAGAGAAUCUGGCAUGCAUAGACAAAAUAAUGGCGUAGACGAUGAUAAUUUAUCAGAUGUCUCAGUACAUAAUACUCAAGAAUAUUUAGCUAGACUUGGCAUAGUUGACACGGGAACUGGUGGAGGCGCAUCAACCUCAUCUAGAAGGUGUUCAGAAAACGUUGGAAAUAAAGACACAAUGCUUCAUCAUGGUCCUAUAGACUCGAUGCAUAUGUUUGAUGAAGAUGCUGGUCAUGAGAAUGAUAUUACUAAUCUAAUUUACGCAAAGUUAAAUGAAGUAACUGGAAGCGAAAGAGCAAGUAGUGCCGAUGAUACAAGUGCCGCUGUCGAUAGAGCUAUGGCCUUGGGAGCGUUUCCAAGUGCGCCAGGAGACGGCACUGCCGUUCCGACAGCCGGACCGUCCAUGACUGGAAGUCUUAGUUCUAUUGUACAUUCAGAAGAAGAAUUGACUGGUAGCUAUAAUUGGGACUAUUUAUUAGACUGGGGGCCACAAUAUCAACCCCUUGCUCAUGUAUUCUCUGAAAUAGCAAGACUGAAAGAUGAUGCUGUGUCUUUACAAAGCGGCAACAGUGGAGCUUCUAGUGCAAAAAGUAAAGGGACUUCAAUGUCAGGUGGUAAAAGUGUUCCUCCGCCAUUGUUGACAACAGUUGCACCUAGGAGUUGUCCAGCUCCAUCGCUGUCUUGUAGACAGCCGCAACACUUAUUACCUAGGUCUCCAAUUAGUCAUGAUGUUCCUGGUGGUUUUUCGGCUGCGGCAGCUAUGUCGCCCUCGUUUUCACCAUCGUUAUCGCCAUUGGCGACAAGAUCACCUUCAAUGUCGCCGCUGGUAGGCCCAGGGUUACCACCUGCGCCAGCGAGUCGGAAGCCACCACACGCCACUAUGCGAAUAUGAACAUAAAUGUAUUAUUUCUUAGGAUAUUGUACAUAUGUAUGCGAUGACUAUUUUGCCUAUAAGUAUUGAUAGUGCUAUUUAUUAUUUGUCGAUGUGAUCGGCGUAGUAAUUCUUAUUCUAAUUUUCAUUUUGUGCAUUGAAAUACUGAACUGCCUGAAAGUGCUCAAAGUGAUGUAUUAAGCGCUUAUUACCGAUUUUUACGGUAAUUGUACAUAUUAUUAGUCUUCAUUCGGGUUAUAACUUUAAUGUAAAUAAACUUAGCUAUUAUAAUUUAGUGCCUUGUAAAAUAUAAAAAUGAAGACUGCCAUGUUAUAUUUUUUAGAACAAACGAAACAGCUUUACUUUAAGCAAUAAGAAUAUUUUUAGACAAUGCAAUUCCAUUGUAAGCUUUAUUACGAAUCGAUGUAUUUUAAUAAAAAGCAGUCACAAAUUCUGCCUUUCGAAUAGUGCCUUUUGUAUGAUUUUUAUCAAGUGUAUAAAUCAUCUUAUUUAUAUAAUUUGUACUGUGAUUUUCGUGUAAGUAUCGAAAAUGUGUAGUUAUUUGUUCGAUAAUUUAAAAACACAUACUUAAAUAUUAUUAUAAUAAUCGAACUUUGUAAAUAUGUCCGUCCAUAUCAAUUGAGAAACGUCUG